AUGGUAUCAGAGCUCUCAUUGAGCUCUGUUUCAUGGCGUCUUGUUCACGUUCCUGAUCCACAAACUAACCCCUCUCAUCCUUUGUUCUUGCAUCCGAAUGAAAGUCCAGCUUUAGUUUUGGUUUCACCACUCUUAAAUGGUGAAAACUAUCACUCAUGGGCUCGAGGGAUGAAGAUGGCUCUAAUUUCCAAAAACAAGCUCGGUUUCAUCGAUGGAAGCAUUCCUGCACCAGAUCCAGAUGAACCUACAUUUUCUGCUUGGCAAAGAUGUGAUACGAUGGUGAUGGCAUGGAUUCAAAGAUCCAUAUCAGCGUCUAUAGUGAAAUCAAUCAUUUGGAUAGAACAUGCUCGUGAUACUUGGUUGGAUUUACAAGAACGAUUUUCUCAAGGAGAUGUGUUUCGAAUCUCCGAUUUGAUGGAAGAAGCUUUUCGAUUACAUCAGGGAGACAGAUCUGUUGCUGAUUAUUAUACACACCUCAAAACAGUUUGGGAUGAGUUAGACAAUCUCAAACCUCUCCCUAAUUGCAUCUGUGUUGUUCCAUGUGUGUGUGGAGCAAUCACCAGAAUGAGAGAAUAUCGCGACAAGAACAAGUUAUACGGUUCUUGA